CACUCGUGACUAGUAAUGCAACUUACAGUGGGUAUAAAAGGACCUACGGUCUUCCUAUCGAGUCACAACUUCUUCCAGCACCGAGCAGCUGCGAGAUAUCAAGUCAACCAUGUUCGCUGUCCUGUGCCUCUUCACCGCUCUGCUGAGCAACGCCCUCGCGGUGUACGUCCCCACGUACGGCCUACCGGUGGCCGGCUACCCUGCCGCUGUGCCAGCUGUGACGACGGUGCACGCAACCCCAGUAACAGCCGUGCAAGCUGUCCACCAUGUGGUGCCGGUCGCUCCCACCGUCCACAACGUGGCUACCCCGUACGGCUACCGCACCACAGGUGUAAGCUACAGCCACAGGGUCGACGCCCACCCGGUGCGUGUACGCUACGUGCAGGGACUUGUUCCGUACGGCCUCAACUACGGCUACGGGCUUGACGCCUUCGGAUACACCACUCUUCUGAAGAAAUAAAUGUACGUCCCGGCCAGUCGGAGAACCCGCGGCUAUAGGAUGGCUUCGAGAAUGAUCGGCAGGAAACAGCAAUAUUUCAUCACACCGCUGCCUGUGGCUGCUGCUUUCGUCCUCUGAUCUCUCGUCGAUGAAGUGAAAACACGAAGAGAAAUUGUGAUAUGUAUUUGUUGAGUUUUAUUAGUAAUUUCAAUAAAUAGAAAGUCGUUCAUCA